CUAGUACAGCUUCCCCAAACGAUCUCCGGCACGGCCUUGGUGAGAUGUGAAAUCCAGCCGGAUCUCACACCCAUCUCGCAGCCUCUUUUUUUCCUUCCGCCGCCAUGAUGCGCCAGUUUCUGGCGUUCCUCUUCCUGGCCAUUGCCCACGGGCUUGGCCUCGCCGCCGCUUCCGACUCCGACUACCACGAGCAGCUGACGCUGCGUCCGCUGCCCCUAUCCGCGCUCCUCGCCAGCUUCAACUUCCGCGCCAGCACCUCCAUCGAGGACUUCGAGGCGCACAACUUCCGCCUGUUCCCGCGCUCGCUCGGCCAGAUCCUGCAGUACGCCGGCACCCGCGAGCUGCACCUGCGCUUCACCCUCGGUCGCUGGGACGCCGAGCGCUGGGGCGCCCGUCCGUGGGAUGGCACGCGCGAGGGCGGCACCGGCGUCGAGCUGUGGGCGUGGCUGGAUGCUGAGACUGACGAAGAGGCCGAUGAGAAGUGGUUGACGCUGACGAAUGCGCUUUCUGGUCUGUUCUGCGCCAGUCUCAACUUCAUCGACGAGACGAGGACCAUUCGACCUGUCAUGUCCUUCCAGCCCGAAGGCGACCACCCGAACACAACGCUCGCCAAUACGCGAUUGCUCCACGGAGUUCUACCCCAUGAGGUUGUCUGCACAGAGAACCUGACGCCGUUCUUGAAAUUGCUACCGUGCAAGGGCAAGGCCGGCAUUGCUAGUUUGCUGGAUGGACACAAGCUGUUCGAUGCUUCGUACCAGAGCAUGGCCAUCGACGUGCGUCCCAAGUGUGAUGUCGAAGGCCACUGCGUUCUCGAGAUGGAGGAAACUGUUGAUAUGGUUCUUGAUGUGAACCGCUCCAAGCGACCCCGAGACAACCCUAUCCCGCGACCCCCGCCAGGCCAGGACCUUCUUUGCGAUACCUCCAAGCCAUACCACUCCCACGACACCUGUUUCCCCGCCGACCAUCUCGACGGCCAAGACUGGACACUAUCCCAAAUCUUCGGCCGACCCAUGAAGGGAGCCUGUCCCCUAACUGGCCCUGAUGUGCCGCCUGUCUGCGUACAGGUCCCUGGUUCACGCGAUAUCUUCUCUAGCCAGGGCGCCCACGAGAUCAAGGCUCCCGACGGCAACUCACGAUGCUACCGUAUUGAUCCCAACACCGAAUUCAACCUGGUCCUCACCAAGCCUGAGGUAAAUGAGGAGUCUCAGUUGCUCGUCGCGCCCGAGACCCCGCUGCUCUACGCUGAGCGUAGUUUCACGGGCCAUGGCCAGGAACACGGCGGUGUCCAGGCCAUUCUCAGCAACCCCAGCGACACCGACGUCGAGUUUGUCUACAUGGAUUCUCUACCGUGGUUCAUGCGCAUCUACCUCCACACCCUCUCCGCCCGCAUCUCCAGCUCGACCUCGGCCGACAACUCCACCGACCUCAUCAAGGAGAUCUACUACCGCCCCGCCCUCGACCGCUCCCGCGGAACCCAGCUCGAGCUCCUCAUGCGCAUCCCCCCGCACUGCACCGUCUUCCUCACCUACGACUUCGAGAAGGCCAUCCUGCGGUACACUGAGUACCCGCCCGACGCCAACCGCGGCUUCGACGUGGCGGCCGCCGUCAUCACGACGCUGGAGCCCAAGAAGAUGAACCUUCGCACCACGAGCUUGCUGCUGUACCUGCCCACGCCCGAUUUCAGCAUGCCCUACAACGUCAUCAUCUUCACGUCGACGGCGAUUGCGCUGGCGUUUGGAGGCCUAUACAAUAUUCUGGUGAGGAGAUUCGUGGGCGCGAAUGAGGGAGCGAGUUCAGGUCUCAAGGGCAAGAUUGCAGGCUUGGUCGGCAAGUUGAAGGGCAACGCGGCUCAAAAGUCAUAGACAUGAUAGUAUGAAAAUAAUAGAACAUUUUAUGGUAACCUUGCAGCUCAGAACUACGCUUCAUUCAUCUUACCUACGGG